UCAUUUCAAAUUCAAUGACAAAGACGCAUCCAUAAAGUGCAGUGCAGUGUAGCAGUAGCAUAAUAUUUUUAGAUGUAGAAAAUAAGUGUCAUCUGCAUAUUUAUUUAAACCUUAGUUGUAUAUAUCGAGCACAUAAAAGGUUAUGCUAAGAUGUCGGCCAGGUUGCGUAACCUGAACCCGUACGAAUUGCAUAAGUAUUUAGUUAAUGUAUAUUGUUUAAAUAAGAAAGGCGCGACUGCGAGUCUGACACGAGACACGUCCAGAGAUCGCACAGACUUGGACGUGAUAAGAGAAAACCAUAAGUUUCUGUGGGAAGAUGACGACGUUGCCGAUACAUGGGAGAAGCAGCUCGCUAAAAAAUAUUACGAUAAACUCUUCAAAGAAUACUGUAUCUGCGAUCUAAGCCGGUAUAAAGAGAAUAAAGUAGCGCUGCGUUGGCGCGUUGAAAGGGAGGUGGUACUUGGCAAGGGUCAGUUCCAGUGCGGCAAUAAGCAGUGCCACAGCGACAAGGACCUCAAGUCUUGGGAGGUGAACUUCGCAUACCUCGAGGAUAAUGAAAAGAAAAAUGCCCUUGUUAAACUUCGUUUGUGUCCAGACUGUUCGGAAAAAUUAAACUACAAAUCGAAAAAGCGUGAAGUGAAAAGAUUGAAAAAGAGCCAGAAAAAGAGAAAAAAGAAAGGUAAAUCCAAUGAGUUGGAUGUGGUAAGCGGCAACGAAUGUGAAGAAAGUUUCGACGAUCCCUCAGAGCCUAGCACUUCGCAAGAGCCGGUGCAAACUGAAGAAAAGGACGAAUCCCUUUGGAAAAAAGGGGUCCAGGAAGUUGAAGAAAAAACUCGCGAAGAAGAAUUCGAAGAAUACUUGGAAGAUUUACUUUUAUAAACGCCUGUAAAAAUAUAUACAGCAAUCAUUUUCUCUGAGCGAAACAGAUACGAAAUAUUUUAAAAGGCGUUAACAAUAUUAAAAUAAUUUA